AUGAUUUAUCUACCAAAUGGCUUACCUGGCGAGGCCCUCUCCUUUAUCGUCAAUAUCAUCCUCACCCAAUGUCUGGAAGGCUUAGCGUAUGUCCAUUCAAUAUCUCUUCGCUGGGCCCUUCUCAAGGAGAAUCGACUCGUAUUCAACACCAACAUUCGCUUGAUCACUAGCUCAAGUAUCUCGAGGCCUAAUAGCUGGUACAUCAACUCCAUCUCGGCGAUGCUUCUGAUUCUUGCCUAUGGGGCUACUUCAACGCUUGUCAUGCCCCGAUUUAACUUAGAUAUGGGCACAUCUUACGAGUCGCACUUGAACGUGAUCGCCUUGCUGGCACUUGGACUCGCUCUGUUCGGUCAAACCCUGCUCGCCGCCUGGUGCUUUUAUGACAAUCUUCGCGAUAUUCCCUCGUGGAGCUCAAACCCACUGAACACUACAAUCACCAUGAUGAACCAACAGUCUUUACAACACAGAGAAGGCCGCUGUAUAGACUCGGUUCAGGUCCGAGACACGUCACAGGCAAGACCAAUGCUGCCACAUACGAAACAGCCGAGUCAAUGGCAAAUCAGCACUUCCGCAAGGCACGCUAUGAUUUUCAUCUGGGCACUGACUGGACUUUCUAUCGUCUGGUUCUUGACAAUCGUCCUCGUCGCACGCUCCAACAUGAUAGGUAUAAUUCAUGAAGUCCACCCUCCGGCCAAUUCGACAUGGCCGUCGACGUGGCAUUUUUCAUUGGCUUGGAAUCCUUCUGCAAACCUCAUUGUGAGGAUGAUAUCCAUGACCACCUACUUCAAUGCGGUUUUCUUCAGUCUGGAUUAUAUCGAGCAGAUGUCCUUCGUUCCUGCACUUAUCGUCAGUCUUCUGUUUUUUUGCGUAAUCCAAGGGUUGCAAACUCUUGGGCUCCACUGUGCAGAACUCAUCGUCAAUCUAUCCCGAGAUGAAGAUGUAUGGAGAGAUCUAAACGCUCAAGGCAACCCUGGCCGCACAAACAAUGUCCUCUCGACCCCUCCCUUCCUAGCUGCCCUGAGGAGCUGGAAGUACGGCAUGCUCCUAAUCUUUAAAUCUCUGCUGCAUUGGCUGCUCGGUCAAUCCCUCCAGUCUUCCUUCACUCCAACUUCUGAAGCAGAGAGGGUUUGGUUCACCAUGAACUACGCUCGUCUGUUCGUUUACGUUAUCUGCGCCACUGCAUUUGCGUCUGCUCUUAUGUUUCUUACGCUCAAGAAGCCGAAAGGCCCCCAGCCGGCAACGUACGGUCAUAUACAAACUCUUGCAGAUGUUGUUGACGACUGGACCUUGGAUAAAAAUGGUCAGUUUUGGUGGGGAGACAAAGGCUGUAGGGGGGAAGUUCGGCACGCUGGGAUGAGUUCUCGGAAGGAAGAUCUGGGACCGAUACAUAUGAAUGCUCGCUAUGCUGGUGAGGUGAGUAGCAGAUGCCUUUAUUUUCGGAAGGCAGAGUGCUAG